GAAAAGCAAAGGCACCGCAGCACUCACUCGUGGGCGUGCGCGCGCGCAAGCAACAGGCCCAAGACCAAAGAGGCCGGGCCUGCUUGGGCCCACGGUUAAUCGGAGUUGUUAAGGCAGACCGACCGACCGAGGAAGCAAUCGCAAAUUCACAAUCGCAGUCGCCACCAAACCCUAGCCGACGUACGCUUCCCCAAUCCUUGCUGGCCGACGACGCCUCCCCGCCCAUCCGGCUUCUCCGAUCCUUCCUGCCAUGUCUGGGACUCCUCGGCGGGAUCUGGGCCCGCCGCCGGCGUACUCUACGCCUCCCACCUCUGAGACGAAGAUGCAGGUUGAACAUCUGUUGGCGACUUUAGAAAAAGAGGGAGUGCAGAUAGAUGACAAGAUAACUAGUAUCAUUGUUGAUGAGAUAGCUAAAAUCAAAGCUGAAGCUUCGAGGGAGGCAAGCAAUGAGUCAAACAGAGGGGGAAUGACGUUGUGGUCUGCUGUUGUAACUUGUUUUGGCCUCACACUUUUCACCGUUGUAUCUGUUUCUGCUGGUUACGAUAUGGGAGUAAAAUGGUUUGAGAAUGCCUUCCGUGAAGAAUUUGCCAGGAGAACAAAACGUGUAAAGAAGUAGCUAGCCUAGGGUUUACAGUUGCAGCCUUCUUGCAGGUCCACUCUAUUUAUGAUAUGUAAAACUAAGUAUGUAAUCAUGGUGGAACCUAUUUAGUGUCUAAAUAAUUGUCGUGCUAUACUGGUUUUUGGCAUGUGUAAUUGAUCAUGCAUCUGUUAUAUAUAUAAGCUGCGCGCGUGGAGCACGUGCUUGUGGUA